CGUAUUAACAGUUCAACUUCCGCCGAAGACACAUCCCACAAGUGAGCAGGUGCUAGGAGAGAUUCACAACAACACACAUCAUGAAACUGGUUAUUUUCUUCGCCACGCUGGCGAUUCUGAACGUGGCCCAAGCCAAGCUGGUGAAGGUGGAGGUACCGGUCUCCGUGCCGAUCCCGGUCCCGGAGAUUCAGCACAUCGAGAAGCGCGUGUCGACCAUCAAAGAGGUGAAAGUGCCGUACAUUCAGGAGGUGCCGGAAGAGCAUGUCGUUACGCACGUGAAGGAAGUGCCAGUCAUCAAGGAGGUGCCGGUGGUGAACGAAAUUACCGUGUACCGGGAUGUGGAGGUCGUCAAGGAAGUGCCCGUGGAGAAGAUUGUACACCGACGCGUCGAAGUUCCGGUGGAGGUUAUUAAAGAGGUAGAGCUCGUGCGUGAGAUACCGGUGAUCAAGGAGAUUCCCCACGUGAAAGUUGUGAAGGUGAUCAAGGAAGUGCCGGUGGAGGAGGUUAUCGAGAAGGAUCUGCCCGUGGCAGAACCAUACCCGGUGAAGGUUCCGAUCCAUGUUCCUGUCCCGGUUCAGGCGCACGAGCUGCACCUGACGAAGCUCAACAAGUUCUCGCACCUGCACGGUCUGAAGAAUUUCCUGGGUUAACACGAUAGCCUGUCCCCUGGCCCCUACUCCCAAAAAUCCUUCCCCUUUCCCCUGUCCAUAUGUACACUGUUCGUAUGUCAAUAAAAAAGAAAAUCUAACUUA